AGACUUUCACUACCCCUCUUUCCCUUAAAUUAUUUCUUUACUCUCCAAAGCCAAAUUAACUACGGAACCUGCUGGGAAAUGCACUGAAAAUUACUGAUACUAAGCUUUGCACCAGAGCCAGACAGCACAGCACAGCACAGCACCACUUCUCUCUCUAUCAAUGGAGAAUAGAAGGGGUAACAAAGUGAAGUUUGAGUUCACAUUUCAUAUUUAAUAUUUACUGAUCAUAUAGUUGGCUUGGAGGCACAGUCACAGCAGAGGCAUUAAUUCACCACAUAGCGUAAAGCAAAAGCUGGAACCUGUCACCUAAAAGACAAAAAUAAGUGAAGCUGGGUUGUGUUUGUUUUCCACAGAACUACACUGCAAAAUGAAGGACCCAGAGGAGCACCAGGUGAAAUGUGUCCAGAAGCCCACAGAACGUAGAAGAAGGUGCAGGAGAAGGAGUCAGUGCAAGCCAGAGAAGUUGCAAGAAACAGAACUUGUUUCACAACAUGGUUCCUCAGCCACUUGCAAGAGUCUUGUGUUUCAUCAAAGGCCUGGCUAUGGCCAACUCGGGACUAAGUGUCUCAUCAAAGCCAACCAUUUUCUUGCAGAUAUAUCAGUUUCGGACUUGACCCAUUACAAUGUUAAAAUAACCCCAGAAGUCACUUCUCGUAAGACAUGCAAGGCUAUCAUAGCAGAGUUGGUGAGGCUUCAUAGGAACACUGAGUUAGCCACGAGGCUCCCUGUGUAUGAUGGAGGAAGAAACCUUUACACGGCUGGUUUGCUUCCGUUUACGUACAAAGAGUUCAAUGUAACAUUGAGUGAGGAUGAUGAUGUUAUCGGUGGUACCAGGGAAAGGGAGUUCAAGGUGGUCAUCAAGUUUGCAACCCGUGUUAGCAUGCAUCAACUACGUGAGCUUCUUAGUGGGAAACAAGUGGACAAUCCACAAGAAGCGCUAAGUGUCUUCGACAUUGUGUUAAGGGAGCUUGCGGCUCAGAGUUUCGUGUCAAUUGGGAGGUUUCUCUAUUCUCCAGAUGUAAGAAAACCACAGCAAUUGGGUGGUGGCCUUGAAUCAUGGAGGGGCUUCUACCAGAGUAUAAGGCCUACUCAGAUGGGAUUGUCACUUAACAUUGAUAUGUCAUCAAUGGCCUUUAUUGAACCACUUCCUGUGAUUGACUUUGUUGCACAAAUUUUGGGAAAAGAUGUGCAAUCAAAGCCAUUGUCAGAUGCAGAUCGUGUCAAGAUCAAAAAGGCUCUAAGAGGUGUAAAAGUUGAAGUUACACAUAGAGGAAAUUUUCGGAGGAAGUAUAGAAUAUCAGGACUAACUUCACAGCCUACAAGGGAGCUUAUUUUCCCUCUUGAUGAUCAAAUGAACAUGAAAUCAGUAGUUGAUUAUUUCCAAGAAAUGUAUGGAUUUACAAUCAAAUAUUCUCAUCUACCUUGUCUUCAAGUAGGAAGUCAAAGGAAGGUGAACUAUUUGCCCAUGGAGGCAUGCAAGAUAGUUGGUGGUCAGAGAUAUACAAAAGGACUAAAUGAAAAACAGAUAACUUCUCUGCUAAAGUUCUCAUGCCAGAGACCCCGCGAACAAGAGACAGACAUUUUACAGACAAUUCAACAAAACAAUUACGAGAAUAAUCCCUAUGCAAAGGAGUUUGGCAUCAGCAUAGACAACAAGCUUGCAUCAGUUGAGGCUCGGGUUCUUCCACCUCCAUGGCUGAAAUAUCAUGAGACAGGAAGAGAGAAAGAAUAUUUGCCACAAGUUGGUCAGUGGAAUAUGAUGAACAAGAAAGUUAUAAAUGGAAGUACUGUGAGAUACUGGGCAUGCAUCAACUUCUCACGAAGUGUCCAGGAAAAUACAGCUCGUGGAUUUUGCCAACAGUUAGUUCAGAUGUGCCAAAUCUCAGGCAUGGAAUUCAGUCAUGACCCUGCAAUUCCUAUAUAUUCGGCAAGACCAGAACAGGUAAAGAAGGCUUUAAAGUACGUACAUUCUGCUGCUAUAGACAAGCUUGAGGGGAAAGAGCUAGAGUUGCUGAUUGCCAUUCUUCCAGACAAUAAUGGCUCUCUGUAUGGUGAUCUCAAAAGAAUCUGUGAAACAGAUCUGGGGUUGAUUUCUCAAUGCUGCCUUACAAAACAUGUAUUCAAGGUCAAUAGACAGUACCUGGCUAAUGUGGCACUAAAAAUCAAUGUCAAGAUGGGAGGAAGAAACACAGUACUUUUGGAUGCUUUAAGUUGGAGGAUUCCACUGGUUAGUGAUAUUCCAACAAUAAUUUUUGGAGCUGAUGUAACUCAUCCAGAAUCAGGAGAGGAUUCUUGUCCAUCCAUUGCUGCUGUUGUAGCAUCCCAGGACUGGCCUGAGGUAACAAAGUAUGCAGGGUUGGUUUGUGCUCAGCCUCAUCGAGAAGAACUCAUUCAAGAUCUUUUCAGAAGUUGGAAAGAUCCACAGAGGGGUGUAGUUUAUGGUGGUAUGAUCAGGGAGCUCUUACUAUCAUUUAAGAAGGCAACUGGACAAAAACCAUUGAGAAUAAUCUUUUACAGGGAUGGGGUAAGUGAAGGACAGUUUUACCAGGUUUUGCUAUAUGAGCUUGAUGCCAUACGCAAGGCUUGCGCGUCUUUGGAACCUAGUUACCAACCUCCAGUAACAUUUGUAGUUGUUCAAAAACGGCAUCACACUAGACUCUUUGCAAACAAUCACUAUGACAGAAAUAGCACUGAUAAGAGUGGGAAUAUCUUACCUGGUACUGUGGUAGAUACUAAGAUCUGUCAUCCUUCGGAAUUCGACUUCUACUUAUGCAGUCAUGCGGGAAUUCAGGGUACAAGUAGACCAGCACACUAUCAUGUUCUCUGGGAUGAGAACAAUUUCACUGCAGAUGAGAUUCAGUCUCUGACAAACAAUUUAUGCUACACUUAUGCAAGGUGUACACGGUCUGUUUCUGUAGUGCCUCCAGCAUACUAUGCUCAUCUGGCAGCAUACAGAGCACGAUUCUACAUGGAACCUGAUGUUGCCGAGAUCACUAAACUGCGAGGUACAAGAUCAAAAGAAGGGCCUGUUCGGCCACUACCUGCUCUGAAAGAGAAGGUGAAGAAUGUUAUGUUUUACUGUUGAAUGAGGCGCAAUAAGAGUCUUCCAAGUAGAGAAACAACAACAUAUAUAGUGAAUGGAAAUUAAUUAGAGGUGAGAAUGUUGUCCGUGUUCAUAUUAAAAAUUCUGCAUGGAAAAUUUUGAAUGUAUCUUUAAAGUCUAUGUUUUCUGUGUAGUGCCAUAGGUAAGGUAAUAUAUGCAAUGUUGAAAAUAUGGUCGGUUGCCUUGGAGAAUUUAAUUCAAGAAUGAGUCAAUGUUCCAAGCAUUGGGGUCUCAUUCAAUCAAAAGGCCCUGAGAAUGCAUAUCACUUAGUUUUAUACCAGUCCUUAUAUGAUGUGUACUAAAGUUCUAACUGUAGUAUUUUAUGACAAUUUUGUUGUAUCUAUGAGAGACUUGCAUGAACAUUUCGGAAGUCUUGGGCAGUGUUGUAUCCUGAGCAACUUUCAUGGAUACUUUAGAUAUGUCUUUAGGGCAGUGAUGUUGGACGCCUUUAACAAGUUGGUGUUUUCAUAUCUAACAACAAUACUAAUUAGGUUCU